GUCGGUGAUGAUGGCAGUGGUGAUUAUGACGCUCUGUGUCGGGACGAUUGUGCUGAUGUCCGGCGUAGGCACGGUUAGCGUGUGGCGCGCUUUGAGUAGUCCGCACCGGGAGGACAAGUGGCGGAUCAUGGCUGGCAACCGGUCUGACAGCUGCCUCGGUGCUGCAUGUUGCACUACUGCCUCCCGCUCUCAUCAGGCAAUUGGUUCCGUCUCUCCCGAGAAAAUGACUUACAACUCGCGAAGGUCUCUAGAAUCUAGCAAUCCCAAUGAUUCCCUGAUACUCCAUUCCCUGAUAGUAAACAGCGCGAUUGUACUGACGACCCCGACCCCGACCCCGACCCCGACCCCGCUGUUUCCCACGUCCAACAGCAGUUCAUCAGACAGCGGCUCUCGCUUUGUCGCAAACCUUGUGCUUGCCUCCAACGGCUCUGUCGUGUACUACGAUCUCCAAGAGUUGUUCUCCUUGGACCAGUCUGCAAAGCAAAGGCUGUUCUCCGUGCGAAAGGCCAAGCGGAUGCCGGGGGCAGCGGGAAGGGAACCUUUCCAGAACGAUUCGCUUAUUAGUUACUGGUGGCCGUAUAACGUUCCGGACGGCAGGCCGUCCUUCCCGCCAGACCCCAGCCUGGAGCCGAUGGCGUGGGUUACAGGAAUGGACUUGUCCAAUCAAGGGAGCACGUUGCUACUAACCACUAUCAAGUCGAAUGGCUCCUCAGGUGACUCCAUGGGCGACACGUCCACGGUAACCUGGCUCUCCCCUGUGAAUGGCAGCAGGCGCUCCGUCCUUUUGCAGGGGAUCCGCGCUCAUGGUAUAGGCCUCGACCCUAGGAAAGCAAAAGCCUACCUUAUUGAUUUCCAAGGUGGACCAUAUCUGAUGUCUGCGGCGGCUGCGAGUCUGCUCAGUCAUGGUGCCGGCAGCGGGGGUAGUAACCCUUUCGGGAUGGAAGCCACCUUCCCUCUACAAAGUGGCUUGGGAGUAGAAAGGCCAUUCGUACGUCCGCAAGGUUUCACCUCGGACGGUAAUUGUCUGUACAUGGUUGAUCGAGAGGAGGGCAAUAUCUGGGUCGCUGAUCUUCUUAGGAAGACUAUCACUCCCGUCGCCAGCUGGAUCAAAGUUGGUUUGGCAGCGCGUGACCAGGACGAUUUGAGAGAGAUUGUAGUUACUAAGGACGGGUGCAAUGCUUUCCUUACUGACAUUGUCGGUAUCUUGCGAUGGAUUCAGUUAAAAGAACAGUGCGGCGAAGCUUACACGGUGGAUGUAGUGGCGAGAUAUAGCCGAGGAGGGCUCUCGGGCUUGGCGAUCCAUGAAGAUGAGGCUGCGGUUAGCUUGUACGCUGGGACAAACGACGGCCAACUGUUCCAGCUAGAGAUCAACAGGUCCGCCCUGCACGUGUGCUCUCCACCUUCCCUACCAACGCCGGGGUCAGAUAGCACUCCGCUAGGGGAACCUUCGGUGUUGUCUCAGGAUGUAAAGCACCGGGAGCGCUUAAUUCUUGCGCUUUUUGUUUCCCUGGUGGCAAUGUCGGUCUCUGUCGUCAUCGCUGCCCUCCUCUAUGUUCGCUUCUACUGUCGAACGCGGCGAAUGCGCACGGAUCAACAGAGCCAAGGUUCUCCCUUUCUCGCGCCAGUCCUCGCUGACCGUUCCCGCACGGGAGCAUCCACCAGCGACGUGAGCGUCCAAGAGGUUCAGCCCUUCAGUGUAAAUGCCUUCCAGCUGAAAACCUUGGCGCAUGUGACUGACAAUUUCAACGCCGAUUAUCGGAUUGGAGACAAGGGUGCUUUCGGCGAUGUCUACUGGGGGGCUAUUGGGGAGAGGGAGGUGGCUAUGAAGGUGAUGAGGGGGAACGUGACGAAUGUGAAGCGGAGGCAAUUCGUCAUCGAAGUGAACACGUUGAGCAGGCUCCAUCACUCCAAUCUAAUCGACCUGAUAGGUUACUGUCAGGAAGGGAAUACGUACAUCCUUGUAUACCCCUACUUCCCGGGCGGCAGUCUCUUCGCGCGCUUGCACAACAGAGGUCACAACACCGGGAGUGCAGUCGGCGCUCCUGCUGCUCCUCCUGCUCCUCCUCCUCCUCCUCCUCCUCCUCCUCCUCCUCCUCCUCUCACGCUAGUGGAGCGCAUGUGUGUAGCCUUUGACAUCGCCAAGGGUCUCCGGUAUCUUCACACAGAGGCCGAGCGUCCAAUCAUUCACAGGGAUAUCAAGAGCAGCAACUUUCUUCUGGCAGUCGGAUCGGGGCCGAACCUCCGCGGCGGCGUCGCCGAUUUCGGGCUGGCGAAGAUCUGUGAGAGCCUUUACGACACUCAAUACGAGAGUAUGGUGCGGACGACCCACGUGGCAGGCACCCACGGCUACAUGGCGCCGGAGUACCUCGCGAAAGGCAGGCUGACUGAAAAGAACGACGUGUAUGCUUUUGGCAUUCUUCUCCUGGAGCUGCUGACGGGUAGGAAGGCGAUCACGCCGGGACCACCACCAGGGGGAGAAUGGCAGACGCUCGUGGAGUGGGUGAGACCGUCGCUAGGAGGUCCUCUUGAUCUUGGCACCAUACCGAUCGAGAUUCUCGACACGUGUCUGCAAGAGCAGGUGCGGACCGACGCUAUAAUGAGAAGAAUGGUGGCGGCUGCACUGUUGCUGGCGCAUGACUGCGUCCAGGAGCUCGACAGCUCCAGGCCCACGAUGAGUGACGCGGGAGAGAGGACGCGAAGUUUCCUGGCAGAUGCAAAGAUAGGGGGCAGGGCAGCCAGGUAAGGAGCCACGCAAGGGCAAAGACGGAAUCUCUGAAGCCAAUGGAAUGUGUACACGUGGCUGCCUCGUUUCGAG